CAGUUGAUGGCAUUACUUUGGGGAGCAGCUGACUGUCGAGUCAUGGAGAGUUUGCAGAGAUAUACCUCCAUCCCCACGUACCUGCCUGUGAACUAUCAGCUGCUAAAUGCUGACUUAGCAUUUUUCCUGAAGGAAGCCAACCAGGACUUCAUGAGGAACUCUAGCUUACUGUCACGGACAGAGCCGUUCUUCAUCUACCAGGCCCGAAGUCUGCCUUUGAUGAAUGCGAGCUAUGGGCCCCUCUCUGUGGAGCAGCCGGUCCCUUUAGAGCUCCUACAGAGUCCUGGGACGUUCCCCCCCUCUUCAGUUUUUACCUUUAACUGGAAGGUGAAAACGUUUAUCAUGAAUACCCAGAUUCAUUUGGCAAAGCCUAGAGUCCAGGUUUUGUUUUAUGUUGCAGGCAGGGACUGGGACGACUACAGCACUAUUGACAAACUGCCCUGCGUGCACAUGUUUGCUUUCCACGAAACCCAGGAGGUACGUGGCACCUGCCAGCUGAGGGGGGAGCUGGGACUGUGUGUGGCUGAGCUGGAGCCCCUGGCUAGUUGGUUCAGCCCGCCCAGCAUCGUGCCAGGACGCCAGAGGAAUGUGGAAGUGUCCGAGGGAACCCCAGUGGAGCUCUACUACAUGCUGCAGACCACAGAAGCAGGAGAUUGCCACUCAGAGGACAGAAAGGACAGCUUCACUCGCUCUCAUCAGGAGGAGUUCUUCGGUUCCUAUACUUCCACACCCCUGAAGAGGAUUGGGGGUGUGAAACUCUUCCAGAACCCCACUGAGCCCCCUCUUACUGAACACAGGCUGGAUAACAACUUCAUGGUCAUGGUACCAGCCACUCCUAUGAGGCAAAGGGAAACUGUAUCGGCGUUUAUCACGGUUUCCUCCCACUCCACCGUAGAGAUGUUCACCCUCAGAGUGAAGUUGAAAGAAGGAGUGACGUUCCUCGGGGCUCGUCCCAGCAACCCAACUCAGUGGAUAGUUAGCCAGGAUGUGAGGAGUGAAGGCCAUCGGGUGGUCACUCUGCACUGCCGCAGGAAGGAGUCCAUCUACGAGCAGCAAAGAUCUGAGGCGGGAGUUCAGAGGGUGCUCCAGGUGGAUCUGAAAAUGGAAAGCUUCCCAGAGCCGACAGGCAGCCGCUGGAUGGGCUGGCAGGUGGAGUACCUGGCCAGUCGAGCCGCCACACCGGAGGCAGAGACGGAGAUCCGCCUGGCUCAAGAGGACCUGGCGGGCAUCGUGCCUCUGGCCAUGGACAGUGAGAUUUUAAACACGGCUGUCCUGACCGGAAAGACAGUAGCUGUCCCAGUAAAGGUGGUGACCAUCAGAACAGACGGCUUGGUGACUGAUGUCUCGGAGGCAGUGAAGUGCCGCUCCACUGACGAGGACGUGGUGAAGGUGUCUGACAGGUGCGACUACGUUUUUGUGAAUGGCAAGGAGAUGAAGGGCAAGGUGAAGAUGAUGGUGAAUUUCACUUACGGACACCUCGGCACUCAGCUGGAGCUCCGCGUGUGGAUCCCUCGUCUCCCCCUUCAGAUUGAGGUGUCAGACACAGAGCUGAGCCAAAUCAGAGGGUGGAGGGUGCCCAUCGCAGCCGCCGGGCAGAGGUCAACAUGGGACAGCGAGGAUGAGGACGAUGAAGACAGGCGAGGGCGGAGCUGCACUCUGCAGUACCAGCAUGCCAUGAUCAAAGUCCUGACUCACUUUAUUGCUGAGUCAGCUGAUCCACCAGGCCAGACCACCUUUAUGCUGGGCACCGACUGGCAGGUGGACAUUACAGAGCUCGUGUGGGACUUCCUGAAGGUCGAGGAUCCACCGAUUGCAAAGCUGCUGGACAGGAGAAUCCUGGUUGGACUAGACACGGGAAUGACCACUGUCCAGGUUUUGUCUCCAUUGUCAGACUCCAUCCUGGCAGAGAAGACCAUCACAGUGGUGGAUGACAAGGUGACCAUCACAGAACUGGGGGUCCAGCUGGUGACGGGUCUCUCCAUGAGCCUGCAGUUAAGUCAAGGAAGCAACCGGGCCAUCUUAGCCACCACCACCACACAGGAAGUUCUGCAGAACCCCAAACAGGAGGCCUUGAUCAGCGCCUGGCUCCAGUUCAGUGAUGGUUCUGUGGCUCCGCUUGACCUCUACAAUCCUGACUUCUUUGUCCUGACAGCCACCUCCCUGGAUGAAGAAGUGGUGACGGUGCAGCAGGACCCGUCAUGGAAAUGGCCUGUCAUUGUGACGGAGGCAGAGGGACAAGGUUUGCUCGUCAGGGUGGAAAUGACUAUUUGCGAGGUUUGCCAAAAGUUCAAGCGCCGUAGCAUCCUAGCAGUGGGGAACUGCAACGUCAGGGUAAAGUUUGGUCCUGCUGACAACUCUCGAGGUGGGAGCAGUGAAUAUGGCCUGGAUGGAGAUGACAUGGAGAACAAAGGCAGGUUCUCCUCCUCACAGGACAGAACCGGUUUUGAAACCCACUACUAUGGCAGCUCUAUCUCUGACAUAGAGGACGGGGUGUCGAGGAGGGCAACCACAACUAGAAGUGCUAUAAUCCGCAGACCUAAUGGUGGGAAACUUUCAGACGAAGGUGGCCAGAAUAUGCCAAUUGACUUUGCAGACUUCCCUGCACAAGUAGAUCUGCCACACGGCCACAAUAUGGACGAUGACCUCGUUCAGAACGCUCGAGGGCUCACCGAUCUAGAGAUCGGCAUGUACGCCUUGUUGGGGGUCUUCUGCCUCGCCAUUCUGGUUUUUCUCAUUAACUGCAUUUCAUACACUCUCAAAUACCGUCACAAGGAACUAUCUGUGGAGGGUCAGGAGAACAUGCACCACGCCCAUGACUGGGUAUGGCUCGGAAAUGAGGCGGAGCUGCUGGAAAGCCAUAUCAGCCUCUCCCCUCAGCAGGAGGAGGAACAGACCUCCAUGAUGGACUCAAGCAGCGGCCUGGAGGAGGGAAGCCACCUGCUGAAUGGGGGCUCUGUGCAGAAGAACGUGCAGAGCCAGGUGCACCGGCCGGCGGACAUGGCCAAGGACAGCAAAGGAGACUCCCCCACCACCAAGAGGAAAAGAGUCAAGUUCACCACAUUCACCACUAUCACUUCAGACUGUAGCUACCCUGCUGUUAACACACGCACUGGAAGCCACAGCCAGGACAUUAAGUGGGUGUGCCAGGACGUGAAGCUAGGAGACUCCAAGGAGUUGCGCAAUUACAUGGAAAGGUUAAACGAGGGUGCUUCAAAGGAGGUGGCAUAAUAAACCACGUGCACUUGAUUCAAACUCACCCUUUUGCCUUCCAGAGGAAAGCCGGUAUGAACCGACCAACGGCAGGUGGAAAUUUACCACAGAAUAACCUUUAAGCUGCCAAAGGGUCAGUACAUUUAGGACUGUCAUGAUUCAACUGAAGAACCACAGAAACUGAUGAGAUCAGGUGGAUCUUUUCCCGUUUGUUUAUCAGUUGAUAACCUUUAUACCAUUGCUUUAAUAAGACCAGGUUUAGAAUCGAGCAUUGAGCCAAGGAUUCAUGUGACAUUCAGAAGACAGGUGGACUUUGUAAUGAGAGGUAAACAUUCAAAAUGUGCACAUGAAAUGGUUUUAGAAGUUUUGUAUGACAUUAGAGAGCAGUUUAAUAAGUCACAUCCUUUAUUGUGUGGAAACGUUCUGGGGAAAAUUCAAGGCAGGCCGAGAAGAAUAUC